ACACCAUCAUCAGUACCAGCGCGCCGUGGACAAUUCCAUCCCUAUGGUCACCGUGCCCGUCGCCGCUGCCGGCCUUAUCGCGAUGGUGCGAUUCGGGGCGGAGGAGCUGGCCAGCCGAGUCUCUGAGCUCAACCGAGUGCACCUCUUUUUGACCUGUUUCUUCCCGGCCGCAGCGGCCAUCGUCUACCUCAUGCUGCGUCCGCGCGCGGUGUACCUCGUCGACUAUGCCGGCUUCCGUACCCCGUCUAACUGCCGGGUACCCUUCGCCACAUUUCUGGAGCACGCCAGACAACUGCCCGAGUUCAACGAGCGCAGCAUCCGGUUCAUGACGCGGUUGCUGGAGCGCUCAGGGCUCGGGAACGAGACCUGCCUGCCCCCGACACACCACUACAUCGGGACCCACAAAUAUUGCACCGUUGAUGCCGCCCGCGCCGAGUUCGGUCUCGUGGCUUUCUCAGCCAUCGACGACCUGCUCGCCAAGACCGGCAUCGCCCCGGACGCCAUCGACAUACUCAUCGUCAACUGCAGCUUGUUCUGUCCCACUCCGUCUUUGGUCGACAUAAUCAUAAACAAGUACAAGCUGCGGAGCGACGUCCGCAGCAUGCACCUCUCCGGCAUGGGAUGUAGCGCCGGUAUGAUCUCCGUGGGGCUUGCCCGGAACCUCCUGCAGGUUGCUCCCCGGGGCGCACACGCGCUCGUCAUCUCUACGGAGACCGUCACGCCGAACUACUACUUCGGGACCGAGCGCGCGAUGCUCCUGCCCAACUGCCUCUUCCGCAUAGGCGGGGCGGCCGCGCUGCUGUCGACAUCGUCAGCAAAGGCCCGGUUCCGCCUAAAGCAUGUCGUGCGCACGCUCACCGGCGCCCAUGACAGUUCGUUCCGGUGUGUGUUUCAGGAGGAGGACGGAGAGGGCUACCGGGGGAUCAACCUCAACAAGGAUCUGAUGAACAUCGCCGGCGACUCCCUGAAGGCCAACAUCACUGCAAUGGGCCCACUCGUCCUGCCGGCCAGAGAACAGCUUACGUUCGCCUUCUCCUUCAUCGCACGGAAGGUGAUCGGCAAGAGAGUGAAGCCGUACAUCCCCGACUUCCGCACGGCGUUUGAGCACUUCUGCAUCCAUGCCGGUGGCCGCGCGGUCAUCGACGAGCUGCAGAAGAGCCUGAGCCUUUCCGACGAGCAGGUGGAGGCAUCACGGAUGACGCUGCACCGGUUUGGAAACACGUCAAGCAGCUCGCUGUGGUACGAGCUGGCCUACAUCGAGGCCAAGGGCCGCAUGCGCAGGGGCGACCGCGUGUGGAUGAUCGGCUUCGGAUCUGGAUUCAAGUGCAACAGUGCGGCGUGGGAGUGCAUCGAGCCUGCGCGCAACGCCCAUGGGCCGUGGGCAACGUCCAUCCACAGAUAUCCGGUGGAUGUUCCUGAUGUUCUGAAGCAUUAACUGCUGGCUACGAGUGCAUGUGUAAUAAGAGCAAGUAGUAAGUUAAAGUCAGCGGGCUAUAAGGAUUAAACAAUUAUAUAUGUGGUGAGUUGGAUGAGAGAGAAGAGGAGAGAGAAGGAAAGCGGCUGUAGAUUAACAACCGGCUGCAACACAGACUCCAAGAGACAUUGUGAAAGUGUAGUAACUAGCUACUA